UAUUCAUUUGCAUCUGGUGUUGUAUACACAGUUUGCAUUUUCAGCCACACCAGCUGCAAAAAUAGAUCUAUCACUUGUUAGGUCAUGAACACUUUCAGUGCUGCCAUGUUUGAAUCUCUGCUGCUGGUGUGUGUGUGUGUGUGUGUGUGCACUGUGUCACUUUGUUGUCAGUUUGUGUCUCUGGUCAUUCUGAGUCUGUGUGUCGUUGUUUUGCAUCAUUCCGUCUCUUUGUCUCAUUCUGUGGCUGAUUUACGUCUUCUAGUGUUUUUUUUUUCUUUUGUGAUUGUUUUGCAUCAUUAUGAUUUUGGGUUGUUUGUGUUUUUUAUUUAGUUGUUUUGUUUUCAUUUUGAAUCUUUUGGUUGUAGUUGUUUUGUGAUGUUUUGUAUCAUAUUUAGUGAAUAGCAGUCGUUCUUUGUCAUUGUGUAUGUCUUGAUUGAUUGUUGUGUGUCUCGUGGUUGUGUGGCAUCUGUUGGGGGUUGUUGUGUCUGUCUUUGUGGUCGUUUUUCAUCUCUUUGUGGUUGUUUCACGUGCUGUUGUCUCUGUGGUUUUUAGCAUCUUUUGGGGGUUGUUGUCUCUUGUAUUUUGUGUUUAGCAGUCGUUUUACAUUUCAUUGUGGUUGUUUUAUGUCUCUUUGCGUCUCUUUGUGGUUGUUUUGCACCUCAUUUCAUGUCAAGCUGUCGUUUUGCAUCUUUGUGGUCGUUUGCUUGACUGUUCAAAAAGAAAAGAAACUGAUAUUAAAUAGCACCUGUCAUCCUCGUACUUCACCUCGAGCCAGCUCUCUGGAUCUUACCGUCACUGUUUAGUUGCCUAUGAAGUUUGGUUCAUUACGCUAACUGUUGUCGUUUUAUCCUCCAUAUUUUUUCUUAUCUCCAUGUUUCCUUUUCUUCCGUUGAUGACGUCACGCGGCUGGAGAGCGUGCGGCUUGUAUCGCGACCGGAGAGAGGAGGAGGAGGGGGGACAGAGAGGGAAGCUCGGAGAAACUCUUUAACCGAAACCCAACACAACGACAACUAUUGUUUUGAGACAACAGCGGAUUUUACGCUGUUUUACGGCUCCGCAGCUGCCGAGCACGGAGCCGAAGUGUUUAACUAAUCCCGGAGGUCGUUUCGGGCUUUUAAAGUUGUCGGUGUUCGGGUGAACUUGUCCCGAGUUGUUGUGUUUGCGGUGGUGGAUGUUAGCGACGACAAAACAGGAGGGGGAUAAUGUUGCCGCCACCGCCGCUGCCUCUGCUGCCGUCUCUGUUUUGACCCGGCUCCAUUUUCCCCUGCAGACACGACAGGACGAGGAGAAGAGAGGAUAAAAAGAAAGUAAGGUAGAAAGGAGAAAUGGCCGAGGCACGGUCUGAGGAAGAGGAGGAAAACAUGAUGAGGGACACCCGGGAACAAGUGGUCCGACGACAGCCGAACAGCUCCGGAGGUCGUCCUGACAGACGUAAACCUGAGCAUCGUCACAGCCAGGGUCCUCUCUCUUCCAUCAGAGCUGCCAUCAAGAGAACGUCCACCAGGUCGACCUCUCUCUCCGAGACGUCCAGAGACAGAGACAGAGAGCGAGACAGGGACAGAGACAGAGACAGGAGGCGACCAGAGAUCACCAUCCUGUCUGCAGAGCCGCUGGCCUCCACUUCCUGGUUCCCAGGAGCCUCUGCAGGAUUCCCACCUCCCCCUCCACCUGCAGCACAGAUCUGGGGACCCACGAUCCCUCCGUCCAUACAGCCUCCUCCUUCCUAUGAGGAGGUGAUCAGGGAGAAGACACAGGAGCAGGUUCUCCUGCCUUCUUCCUCCCCCGGCUCCUCCUCAUCCUCAUCGUCACGUCCGGUUUCCACAAUAACCAUCGCCACACAGACUGAUCCAGGAUCUGCUCCUGAGCCACCAGACCCAGAGGUGAAAAGACCAGUGAGACCGCCACGACCGCGUCUCCCCCACCCUCCCAAAUCAUCUCACGUUAAUGACAUCACCACCACCAGCCAAUCAGCACUCGCCUCCCUUAACAGUAACAGUGUGGUACCAAACACACACCCAGGGACACACUCCUCCACACACACUCAGUGCUGUGACGUCCUCGCCGAUCUCUGUUCACCUUUGACCUUGACCACCAGUGCUCAGACUGACCAAUCGGAUCAGCCUUGUGCAGCUGUUGCCGUGGCAGCUCCUCCCACUACGUCGUCCUCUUCCCAUGUCCAGUUGGAGCGUCCUCGACCGCGGCCUCGCUCUAAACUCUUCGCGCAGCCGAUCGGCAACGAGGUCAAAGUUCAGACUCUGGUGAAACUGCGCGAGGACGGUUUGGCGACGCUAGCCGCCCGCGCCAGAGCUGAACCCGCAAACCAGGAAGUGAGUCAGGGGAAGUACCUGCAGGAGCUGCUCGAGGCCUUCAGCUCAGACGACUGGGGCUUCCCUGAGCGCCGCAGCGACAGCAGUGGGCACAGCCAAUCAGAGAGCGAGGACGGAGACGAGGAGGAGGAAGAGGAGGACAUGGCGACUCUGAAAGCGAGGAUACAAGCGUUCGAGCAGCAGCAGCAGCAGGUGGCUGAUGGGAGCUGUGGGGACAGUAACUUUGUCACAAAGAGGCCUGAACCUCGGCCACGCCCUCGUCUCCAGGGGCAACCAGCCAAAUCUGCCCCACCCGUCGUCGCCCCAAAACCCAAAAACUUUUCACACGCUCCAAAACCGUCCAGCAAGGUGUUCUGGGAGGAGGGUGGUUUGGCAGCAGCGGCGUCAGACUCAGGUGGUACUGAAGCUCUGAAAACAGCUGAAUCCCCACCUGCAGACUUAAACCCAAAACCUCCGCCUGCCACUGAACCAGCACCAUCCUGUGCCCCGAAAUCCGCCCCAGUUUUGACUCCCCAACCCUUCAAAACCACUGAAAAACCCCCAGUGACACCAAAACCCCAGUGUUCUACAGAAACCCCCCCAUCUAGUCCCCGCCCCGCCCCCGUCCCAGCCCCCAGGCCUCCUCCACCCAAACUCACCCCUUCUCUCAGUGACGCUUCCUCCACAGCCAAACCCCCACCCAGACCUCCUGUCGCUCCCAGGGCCAGCAUGGGUGCACCACCCCAGGAUAAGAGCCCCACAGCUGGGCGUACCACCCCAACUCUGCCCCCGAGACCUUCAGCGGAGGUUGGCGGUGGAGCACAGACGGAGACUCAGACUGGAGGUGCUGAGACGCAGGACACAGCAAACCAGUCUGUGAAAGCAGGAAGUGUUCGUCCAGGCAUCCCGACCAAACCGGCGGCGCUGACCUCACCACGCCGAGCCAGCGCUCCCAGUCUGGCCCCCAAACCCACUGUAACCUCACCAACGCCUCCAGAUCCAAACCCGGUCCCAACCAAACCUGCAGCUGCCCCAGCUACAACCCCCAAACCAUCAGGACCAACCGCUCCGGUCCCAGCCAAACCUCCAACCCCAGCUCCAACCCCGGCUACAACCCCAGCUCCGGCUCCGGCUGCGGCUCCAACCUCGGCUCUGGCUCCAGCUCCAGCUCCAACCCCGGCUCCAGCUCCAGCUCCGGCGCUGAGGAAAGGUCCUGCGAUCCCGACCAAACCUGAAACUACCAGCACUGCAAACCCAAACUCUUCAGACCCUCCUCUUCCUCCACGACCUUCAGGUGUGAAGUUCCUCCCCCUUCGUCCUCCACCGAUGAAAUCCAUCCCAGGGCGACCACCGCCUCCAGCUGUCAACUCCUCGACCUCCUCAGCCAACCAGAUCCCUCCUCCUUCCAAAACCAGUCCUGCUCCCUCCGUCUCUCCAGCGAGCCAGUCCUCGCCUUCGCAGACCGCCCCGCCUCCGUCGUCUGUCACAGCCAAUCAGCUGCAGGCUCAGAGGGCACCAAAGAGAGGACCACCUCUGCCCCCCAGACCUAAACCUGGACAUCCUCUCUACAGCAGCUACACGAAACAGGAAGUCCUGAUCGUCCUGGACGACCCCAGCCCGGCGCCCUCGGAGCACCUGUCAGGUGAAGGAAAGAGUCAAACCACCAUCGCCCCUCUCAUCAACCCGUCACAGUGUCUCCUGGACUUGGACACCCAGCCAGAGCCUGUCCCCGAUCAGGACAGCCAGUCAAAACCUGCCUUGGAAAACCUUGUUUUGUUUUCCUUUGUCGUUCAGUCCAUCCUGCCUGUGCAGCCUGAGCAGAAAGAACAGCCCGACCCUCCUCCUGUCAGCGGUCCUCGGUGCACCGCCUUGUUCGACUACGAGGGCGAGGAGGAGGACGAGCUCACCUUCUCCCAGGGUGAUGUCAUCGCGCUCCUCGAGGUCAUAGGGCAGGAGUGGGGGCGGGGCCAGAUCCACGGGCGAAUAGGAAUAUUCCCCCUGAACUUUGUGGAGGUGGUGGAGCCGCUGCCACAGCCGGUGUCCUCACCGGGGGAAACGACAAAAACCACAUCGGCGGAUACGACAGUGAUAGAGAGCACUGCAGCACCAAAGACGUCACAGGAUCCAAACUCAGAGGCAGAGGAGUGGGCUGUUGCUCUGUUUGACUUCCCCGGUCAGACUGCAGAGGAUCUGUCCUUCCACAAGGGGGCGUUGAUCCGAGUGACUGAGCACAUCGAUGCUGAGUGGAGGAGAGGGAGACUGGAGGGUAGAGAGGGUCUUUACCCUGCUGCCUUCACACUGCCCCACCAGGCUGAGUCGGUCCCAGUCCAGCAGUCAGCGGUUAAAGGAGUGGCCAAGGCUCUGUUUGAGUUCACAGCAGAGAGCGAGGACGAGCUCUCACUAAAGGUCGGUGACAUUAUAACACAGGUGGAGUCUGUGGAUGAGCAGUGGAUUUUGGGAGCUGUGGGUGGGAAGCGUGGGAUCGUGCCUAAAAAUUACAUUUCACUUCUCUGACGAGGGAAAUCCUGAAAAAUUUGAUGGGGAAAAAUAACUUUGCGUCGUUGUCUGCAGCCGCUCGCUGUUGAACAGGUUGAGGUUUUUGAACUGGUGACUCCCCCCCUCGACCUGUCAACACCGCACAGCAUCCUCCUGUGUUUUUUAAACAUUUUUCAUGUUUUUCAAGCAAACAAAAGCAGCCUGGUCAGUUUUUAUUAGCAGCUUGGUUACUGAAUUGGAGAAACAGGAACUCUGACGUGAUCGGAUUGACUUCUUGAUCGACAACUUUGACCUGAUGUCACCAUGACAACUGAGACUUAGCCCGACUAAGCUCAGGACCUGUGCUGCCUUGACGACGGAGUGAAACUGAUGUUAUGUUGUUGAAUUUUGUCUCCACAUCCUGUCAUGUUGUGAUGUUUUCUCCGGACCCCACCAGGACUGAAUUUGACUCUUGUUUUUUUUUCUUGUUCGGCUCGUGGACUUGACCCCUGAGGCUCCUGUGUACGACUGGUUUAACUCUGCACUAGUUUAAAAGGUUCAAAUCGAUCCACAUGACAGGACAUAAUGGAAAAACGGCAACCAGGUCGGACACGGCUGGACAUCUGCUUUUAGAGCCUGCUUUUAGACGACUUCAGCUUUUCAUCUUUGUAUCUGAUAACAGAUGUUUAACAAACCAUUUGCCAGUGGAUACGUUUUCAACAUCAGGCCAGCUUGUAGCAUUCGAACAGGGAAAGCCUCAGCUCAGCAGGUUUAUAGAGGAGGAUUAAUUCACUUUAACUUAACUCAGUUAAAACCUAAAACUACAUUUAUCUUUAACAUAGUGAACCGUGGAGAGCAUUAAUUCUUCCAGAGCCGGAGGAGAUUAGAAAAACCGAAUUAACGACUGCUGGGUCAGGCUUUUUGAUAGGUACUCUGUCCGUAAAGAGACCGACAGGCAGCGAGGUGAGUGUUUGCAGGAUGUUGGUCGUCCUGCUGAAACCUCCUGAGGGGAAACACCAGCUGUGGUUUGUGUUGUUGUGAAGCUUGGUGCUGUUUCCCUAAACACUAAAUAUAAUGAUAUGACGGCCAAAACCUGACACUUUAUCCUUUCAUAAUUAGGACUUUUUCAUUUUAGUUAAAUUCAACUGGUCAGAAUGUUUUGUUUUAUAACACUGGUAGAUACCUGUAGCUAUUUAUAAAUGACUGUAAAAGACCGUUUUUAUGUUGCACACACUCUAUUGAUAAACUAACAAAAGAUAGUUUGACAUUCCCAAAGCUUUGAAACUUGAACUGAAUCAUUCUCUGAAAAAAACACUAGGUCUUUUUUUCAUCUGUUAUCUACAAAUUGCUCUUACGUCACAGCUGACCGUUUUCCGAAGGGUUUCUUACUUUGUGACAGUGUUGUAGUCGAUUCACUGAACUUCGGAGUCUCUAGCAUGUCAACAAAGAGUCAGAGCCAGUUCCCCAUUACCUGAGUCCAAGACUGAGUCAUCACAGUUGAACACACCUGCUACAGUAUUAAUAUAGCCAUCAAUAUUUCAUGCCAAAGUAUUACAGCCUAUUACACAAAAAUGGUCUGAGUCUGAGUCUCCAAUUUCGCAGCCAGUGCUUGAGUCCAAGUCCUGAGUUAUCAGCGCUCAAGUCCUAGUUGAGUCAGCACUCGGGUUGGACUCAAAUCUAAGUCCUGGACUCAAGUACUACAACACUGCUUCAUGAACCACACAUUGAAGUGCAGACAUUUCACUUUAGAACACUGUGUUAUAUUCACUAAAUUUCUUCACUUUCUUCCAAGCUCACAUGAAAGCAACAUAUCCAAAAGACAUUUGGUUUAUAAAACGUGGUGCACUUGAGAAAAGUUCUGCGAUGCGUUUUCAUUUUGAUGCAUUUUGGAAAAUGGUUGGCAGUAAAGUAAAAUAAAGUUUACGCAAUUUGUAUUUAACAGAUUAAAACUCGACACUAAGCAGCUCAAUAAAAUCAAACAUAAACACAUUAAUAAUAACCAGCCAUGGAACUCAGUUGUACACUACAAACUUAAAUCUUAAAUAUUAUAUGAAAAAUAAGCUUUAUAAUACUUCAAAAUCACUUUUGGUACUCAAAGAUAUCUUCAUAAAACAUAGUUUAUUAUAGUUAGGCUGAAAGGUGUUUUAAAUAUACCAAGUGAACCAGAAACCGUUGCGAUCACAUCAGGUUGGCUUUUGCUUCCUGCAGUUAAACUGUGUUGUGAGUACAGUUGUGCACCAACAGGAAGUGUGUUUGUCACAGCGUUAACGUACUGAACAGUUUGCGGUGCGGUUCUUUCAGAUUCAAGGCUCCGGCUGUAGUUUUAUAAAACAUACUGUACUUCUGUCUUUUCUCCAGUAUUCCCCCACAUUUCUUCUGUUAAAACACUACAACUCAAAAACAGCAUCUCGUGUUUCUAGAAGUAUUGAUGAUAAAACAUGGAGGAUUUUCUCGAUUACUUUUUGCAGACGUCAUCGCAGCUUAUUUGGUGUCAAUUCAUCAAAGAGAAAAUCUUACAUGUGGCAACUGUUGGUCUGGCUGUGCGUCAGUAUAAUGACUGUAUACUAGUGUGUGUGUGUGUGUGUGUGUGUGUGUGUGUGUGUGUGUAAAUGUGAGUGAGACAGAAAGAUUUAUAAAUCGCUUUGUAACAGAUAUUUUAUGUAUAACCAAACAUUCCAACUUUUUAAUCCAAAUAAAACUUUGAGGCAUUUCAGUAAUUCA